AAAUAAACAAGCUGCUGUUUCUGCCAAUGUUAUGUCCAAGGCCAGCUACGACGACCAUGGCUCUUCGUGCAUUUUCACAUUAGCUGAAUGCUUUUUGUGAUAGUCAAUGGCCACACUAAAAGCACCAAACAAAGGAUAAUAAUUAUCUCUCAUUAUGGGAAUUUGUUUGUGUCUUCAAAGGAGUCCGAAACAAAAUCAAAGCGAUGGGGGGUCGCAUUAUUACCUAGAUUCGACUCCAACGACUGCAAACAAAACGGCGAAGUACCUUUGUCACCAAAAAUUCGAAGUUCCGAAUAAUGGAACCACCGCCGAUAUUGCUCCAACGAACGUCAACCAACUGACACUGUACAACCUCGGCCCUAAAAGUUCUCUUACCGUCUCCAGGAAUGUUGUGACUGAUAUGCAUAUGACCUGUUUAGCUGCCCAAAAUGAUGCAAUCACGUCAGCAAUAUCUACCGUGUCUCCGGGUGGAAGCGGGGUCCAAGCGAGACCUUUGGUACAGGUUCGCGCUCUUUAUUCAUAUCAGGGCCACAACCAAGAUGACCUCUCGUUUCAGAAAGGAGAUAUAAUGUUUGUUAUAUCUGGUAUGUCUGAUGCAUGGUGGUUCGCAAGACAUGCCGAUACUGGAAUGAGUGGAUACAUACCUAGUAACUACGUCUGUCUGAAUGAUGGACUUCCAACUAGUUUGGAUGCUUGGUAUGACAUAGGUCGCCGUGAAGCUGAUCGUAAACUUUUGUUGGUGGGGAACCCCAAAGGAACAUACCUUAUUAGACCUAGUUCGGAAACCCAAAAUUAUGCACUCUCUGUUCGACAUUAUGACUCCGAAAAAAAUAUGUGGGUUGUAAAACACUAUCGCAUUCGGAUACUUGAUAAUAACGGUGGCUUUUUUAUUAGUAUUCGCACGACCUUCCCGAAUAUUCAGGACCUCGUAAAUUAUUAUACAGUACAUCCAGAUGGUUUAUGCUGUCGAUUGUCUAUCCCAUGCCCACGUGCAUACCGUCCACCAGUGCAAUUUCGUGAUUUUGAAAUUAACCGUGAUAGCAUAACAAGAAUUCGAAAGCUUGGUCAAGGUACAUUUGGAGAAGUAUAUUUAGCUAAAUGGAAUGGUUCAGUUGAAGUAGCGGUUAAAAUGAGACUCGAUCCUACAGAUCGUAGCCGAUUUAUUGAAGAAGCACGCCUCAUGCAUGCUUUUCAUCAUCCACGUAUUGUUCAACUUUUGGGCGUAUGCACUGAACCGGAAGACCAACCAGUUUAUAUUAUUACUGAAUUAAUGCGUAAAGGAGCUUUAUAUGAUUUUUUACGCACAGAAGAAGGGCAUAAAUUGACUUUGGAUGAUUUAAUUGAUAUAAUGGCACAGAUACUAAAUUCCCUAUUAAGUGGACAGCUCCAGAGGCGGCUUUACAGCAUAUCUUUAGCAUUAAGUCUGAUGUAUGGUCGUUUGGUAUAUUGAUGUAUGAAAUAGUCACUUAUGGUGGAACACCUUAUCCAGGAAUGACUACUCGUCAGACAGUAGCUGAGGUUGAGAAAGGUUAUCGAUUGCCUUGUCCUCAUACUCCUGAACAUCCUUGUCCUGAUGACUUAUACAAUCUUAUGCGAAAAUGCUGGGACGCUAGACCAGAGAAUCGUCCUACAUUUCGUUCUUUGUAUGAUGUUUUUGAGAACUGGUCUACGCACACAGAAGCUCAAUAUCUAGAUAAUUAGCAUCCAAUCUUCCUUUUUUCUUAAUAAUCAUUCCGAAUUCAUAUUAAUAUUUCACUACGUGUACAUUUCCGGUGAAGUAUUUUUCUUGUGAAUUCUUGGUUUUUCUUUAUGUACAUAUUAAAUAUUCACUUUUUAUGGCCAGACUGUUCAAAGUGUGUUCUACACGCAUCUGUUUAUUGUUUUAUUAGCUACCUCUUUUUAUCAUUUCACCUACCUUUGUGUUUUCUAUCUACCAUUUUCUGAUUUCAUCCUGUUAUUUACACAUAUAUUUCGCGCCAUUAAAUUUCCAUGUAAUACUAAUUUAUGUCUCACAACUCUGUCGUACUCUUAUAGUUACAUCCAUCCAUCCAACUUAUACUGUUUUUGCUUUCAUAGGCGAUGAAAAUAGUAAUUUUAAUUUCCGAUCAAUACUUCCAAUUCGCAUAUAGAUUACGUUAUAGGCCUCUGCAUUUUCGCGAAAUCUACUCAUUUUUAGCUAAGUUGUGUAUAUCAGUAACACUGCUAAUGUAUAUGUAUAAUUGUUACUCAGUUUUUGUAAAUUAUGUAUAUCCACAUUUUUUGUGUAAUUUCUUUUUUUCUAAUCCUCAUCAUGCUUCUUUUCUAGACUACCUUUAAAUAAUUAAACUACCAACCGUUUUUGUUUUUGUGUACAAUAUGAAGAAUUAAGUUGACGAACAAUUCCAACACAGCAAAGCUAAUUAUUAUAACACCUUGCAUCCAGUAUACUUUAGUUCUUUUCUUUCUUUUUCUAAUGUCUAUUGUAUAUCUGAUGUAACCUGAAAAGUAUCACUAUUCUAUUGCUGUAAACAUCUUAUUACGAAUUUCCAGGUUACACCAGAUAUACACUAGGGGUUAUUUAUACCUUUUUACUUGGAAACAAACUGUUCAUAGUCAGUAUCACUCUACCUUCGUAGCAAUGCCUGUAAAUUUUGAGUGUGUUCCAACCCACUUAGUGCAAGCAGAAAGCUUAUUCAUGCGAUUCUUUAUAUCAAUUUUUUUCGCUCUCUCAACCAGUUAAUAAUCAAAUAAAUUAAAAUUUGAUUCAAUUUAUUUUACUCGGUGGCGUUUCUUACUCAUAAAGAGUGAUCUCACUACUCGUUGAACUGGUUCUUGGAUGAGAUUCUUAAUGUCAAUAUGUGCACAUUGUUAAGUUUAUAUUCCUUACUCUGAUUGUUAUAUAAAUCAUGAAACUAAUACAUCCACCAUAUAACAUUUCUGCUUUUAUUCUUGUUUCAUGCAUCCUUUUUUAAGUCUGCCAAUGUUUAUUGCCUAUGAAUUGAUCAUUGUAUUUGAAUUUCGUUUAUUAUUCUUAGUCUUUCAUUUUAUUCAACCGAAAUGCAAUUUUUGUGUAUAUAAUUUGCAUUAUAUGUUCACAACAAUUAUAAAUGAAAUGUACUAAAUUCUAUUCAAUUUAGUUGUUUUAUUUAAUAAAGAUAUUUUUGUGGGAAUUAGUUUAACUUGUAGGUUGUGCUGAUCACAGAUUAGUCUCAGUUGGCAUACAAGCCAAGGAUCGAACCCAUAAUCAUAGGUUCUCGCAGUCAGCCCUAAAACACUAGAACCACUGAGUAUAUGUAUAUAUGUCCAAAAGCUCAUCCCAAGUUCGACGCCAGUUUCCUUAGGCCCUGUUAGCUCUGGUCAUAUAAUAUUGUUAAAAGCGAAAAAACUUACAUUUCCUACUUCAAUUUAGAUUCUAUUUCUUC